AUAUUUUGAUAAUAGAAAAAAGGUCAGUUAAUUUAAAACAAUAUUAUCUUGAAAUGCAUAUAAAUUAAUAAAAUGUGAAAAUUGCAUAUUAGACGAUGCAAGUGAAGUGAUGGAAGUGUUUUUCUUGGCGAAGUGGGCCGUGUAUGGUGACGCCGCUAUGUUGUAUACCAUUUUAGCAUUUUUUGUCUUUAUUACUACUCGAUUGUUGAUAUUUACAUCUAAACCAUUCAAAAAUACUUGACUAUGAAAGGAUUUAAACAAUGUAUACAUUUUUUUUUAGGUUAUAUCUAUAAGUAAACAUGAUUGAAGGAAACAAGCAAGUUAGGGUUGAAAAUUGGGGGACGUUUUUUCUCCAACGUCUCCAAGUGUUUUUUUGCUAAAACGGAUUACUGUGAUUUAACAUUACAAUUCGAUGGGAACGUGCAGUUGAAAGUUCACAGGCUGGUGAUGAACGCUUGUACUGAAUAUUUUAGAUUUUUGGAAGACAACUGUUCAGCUAUGGAGGAUAACACGAUAUUAAUGCCUUCUGAUCUUCAAUCUGAUGUUAUUGUGCCGAUUGUGAAUUUCAUGUAUACAGGUAUGCUAGAAUUCCACGUAUCGCUCUAUGACAAGCUCUACAGAGUAGCGGAAUUGAUGAACAUUUCGAUACUAACCAAGCUCUUGGACGCCCAAAAAAUAACCCCUCCUACACAACCCGCACCCACCCCGAAACCCUCGAAACCAAAACCGGAAAAGAGACAACCACCGCAGCCCAGACAUCACGUCGAGCUACCGUCUCCGCUGCCGGGUCGAAAGGUGCCCGUUUGGAAAAGGAAAAACGUCCCAGCUGCAUCGAAUCCAGUUCAAGGCUUCGAAAAGAAUUGGCACACGCCAGCGGAUCCCUUGUCUUUAGAUAACACCCCGAAGCCGACGAGGUUCGAGUGGCCUGAAGAUGAUCUACCGACGAUGACGUUACUCGAUACUAAUUUCGAGGAUAUUUCUUAUACUAGCAGGCCCUUGCUCACCAAGGAAGAAGAAGAAAAGAUUAAACCGAAUUUCGAUGAUUUACGGCAUAACGUCGAACUUCCAACUCCUAAAAAGGGGGCGUCGAAAUCCGGCAACAAUUCCGUCAACUUCAGAGACAUUGAAGAAUUCUCUAAAGAACAGAGGAUUAGAACGGCCAUGUUCGAAGAUCCGGAUGAAAUUAGCGAACUGAACCAAAAAAGGAAAGCUGACACGACCCAGCUAGUCAAAGCGCCCACGAAAAGAAUCAAAAUUAGCAACAAGGAAAACAAAGAAACCAUGAUCAGUGUUGAAAGUAGCACGCCAGGUGAUAUCGAUCAUACCAAAAUAGUAACGGAAAUUUUAAAAAAGUACCCCGACCUUGUCAAAAAGAAUAAGAACAUCAAACUGAAAAUCAUGCCAGGAAGUAAAGAUACGUCCGAAAAAAAGAUCGUCAACGCUGUUGUGGAGCAAGUUAGGCGAUCACCGGUUCAGCCGGAACCUGUCAAAACGAGACCACCCCCAUUGCAGCAGUUCCAAGGGAAACGAAAAAACAAAAUAGAAACCGUACUGGACGACGAAGGUCCGUGGGUGUGCAAAAAAUGCGUCUCGAUGGGCGGGGAAGUACAGGAGUUCGUCCUUUAUUAUCUAUACAGAAAACACAUGACCGACAUGCACGACGAAGUAUUCGACGCGCGUUUAUGCAAGUAUUGCGGACACAAAUGCGGAAAUCACAACCUAAUGAUGUACCACAUGUACACGAAACACGCUUUGAAACCUCCGUCGGCCUAUAAUUUUCCCAGCUGCGAAAAAUGCCCGUACGUUGCUCUGAACGUCGAUAGAUUGAACAAACACGUACUUCUCCACUAUCCAAACGAGAUCCAAUGCCAAGACUGCAAACUGGCGUUCGCUUCCACUCCAGCACUUUCAGCGCACAUUCGCAUGACCGGCCAUUACAACAAACCCGGUAGAGUCAGUUAUGACUGCCAGUACUGCAUGAAGAAGCUCCAAUCCGCCAUCACUUUAAUGAGCCACAUAAGGAAAGCGCAUUUGUCUGAAGGAAAGCGGGACGGCAUCGUUUGUUUGGAGGAGUUAGACACGUUGGAGGACUUGGAGGAAGUGGACGAUGAGGAUCAGCAGUUCAUCGUACCGGAGAUGCUGUCUGACACGUUGCACAAAGACAAAGUGAAGAUCAUCUCCAACGUGACGGUUCCUCCGAAUCGACGGGAGGCCGAUGGCGCUCAGCAGAAUCGUUUGGUUCAGUUGGAUGCGAGUUCCGAGGCUGAGGCGUUGAAUAACGUGGCUACUGGUCUCGCGACGAGUUUGAAUUUGGUGGAUAUAGUGGUAUUGGAUGAUAAUCAGCAGUAUAUUCUUCAACAGGAUGGGGGUAGCGAGCGGAAGUUUAUUAUACCGGAAUUGGGGCACGGGCAGUCGUUUAGUGGACAAGUCAUUAGUACCCAGGAUAAUACUGUGAUUCAACAGGGUAUGAUACAAAGCAGCACCGGCGACAUAGCGUCAACAGACGAACUAGUAAUGGUCCUGACGGACCACGACUACCCAGACGAACAGGAAGGCGAAAACCCAGAGAAUUCGAAUAUAGUCGUCUUGUACAGCCAUCCAGUCGAAGGACAGGAAGGACAAUUUAUAACAUCACAGGGAAAUUUGAUGGUAAAUUCCCAAACCGGCAUGCUGGAAAUAAGAAACGGUCCUACGAUUGCGACCACCACAGCUAGUCAAAUGGUGGUUACUAAUUCCGUAGAUUCGCCCAUAGAGUCAAUCGAAAUGAUUCAAAGGGAAAUAGAGAGCCAAGGCUCGCAGUUAAAACACGAACCAUUCUUCAGCGAAGAACGAAAGCAAGAGGAAAUGCACGCCGAACAGCACACGACGAAAUUGCAAAGUAUGCCUGACAUUUCCGAAACGGAAGUUCAAGAAAUACCCGUAGAUAACGAACCUGAGAAUGCUGCGCAAACGGAAGACGAACAACAAAUCGAAGAAACCGAAGAACAUUGUCAAGUUCAGACCGACGAUUCGUUGAAUGAGAGUGCAGAACAGCAACACGAGGCGAAAGAUACCAGCGAGGAUAAUGUUGAUGGUAGUUUGGAUGUUAGUAAUGAAGAACCAAUGGAUAUUGACGAUAUGGAGCAUAAGACUGCUGAAAAUGAAGAAAUGGACGAAAGCAUUAGUCAGGAAAACCUCGAAGAGGAACAUCAACCCCAGGAAGCCGAAACGUCGAUUUCCGAUCAACCGGCACCAGAGGAAGAAAAAGAAUGUCCUGGACCGGAAAGUGCCGAUAUACCACCGGAACGCGAGUCGCCGACGUCGCCUUCCGAAGCGGUAGAUCUAAACAAUUUUUCGGUCGAUAAAGACGACGCCGAAAAACUUCCCAUGAUAGCCGAAGAGUCUGAAGAACAACAAGAACCCGAAUCGCAGGAAGAACCGAUAGAUCAAGGAGAACCGAUGGAAGUCGAUGGAAAAGUUGUGGAAGAGGAAGGUGAUGCAAAAGAAGAUCCCGAAGAACUUGCGGAAAAUAAUGAGACUGAUAACGGCGUUGAUGAAUCUCAAGUGACCGAUGAUGCAGACAAUCAGUUACUUCAAGAAGAACCGCAAGGAGAGGAAUCAGAAAAAAACGUGGAAGUCAGUUCGUUACAAGAAACUCCUUCUCAAAGUAUACCCCCGAAAAAUGCUACCGAUAUAAAUAGGACGAUUUUGGAUGAUUGGGAAGAUGAUACGGACUCUCAACAAAGUGAUAAAAAUGUCGAUAGAGACUCAGAGGUUUUGGAUGCCGAUGAAAAUAAUAAAGAACCAAUCGUAAAUACAGCUGUAGAUAAUGUCAAUAAACUAAUGGACGAUUGGGAUGAAGAGGAGGAAGAAGAAAGAAAAGAAUAG